CACCUUCCCCUGCGGCGAUGACGACGCUGAAGCCAUUUUGACGGAGGCCAGAAAGUGAGGCUCCGGGCCUCCAGCGGCGGCUAGAGCUCAGGAAGAACUUGCCAUUUAGGAAAGGGGGAAAAAAGAAAGAAAAGAAAAAACUUUUUAUUUUUUAAAUUUUCCUCUCACCAGAAAUGGCCAAUGUGCUCUGUAACAGAGCCAGGCUGGUUACAUAUCUCCCAGGAUUUUACUCUUUAGUUGGGAGGGUUGUAAAUCCCAAAGCUUUUUCCACUGCUGGAUCUUCAGGUUCAGAUGAGUCUCAUGUAGCUACUGCACCUCCAGAUAUAUGUUCAAGAACUGUGUGGCCAGAUGAAACAAUGGGACCAUUUGGGCCCCAGGAUCAAAGAUUUCAGCUCCCUGGAAACAUAGGUUUUGACUGUCACCUCAAUGGGACAGCUCUACAGAAGAAAAAUCCAGUUCAUAGAACUUUGCCUGAUGUCCUAGCAGAGCCUUUAUCAAGUGAAAGGCAUGAAUUUGUGAUGGCACAGUAUGUAAGUGAAUUUGAGGGCAAUGAUGCACCUGUUGAACAACAGGAAAUUAAUAGGGCAGAAACUUAUUUUGAAAAUGCCAAAGUUGAAUGUGUAAUACAAACAUGUCCAGAGCUUCUUCGAAGAGAUUUUGAAUCAAUGUUUCCAGAAGUGAAUUCUGGCAAACUAGUGGUUCUAACUGUAACACAGAAAACCAAAAAUGAUAUGACCAUGUGGAGUGAGGAGGUUGAAAAUGAAAGAGAAAUGCUGUUAGAAAAGUUUAUAAAUGGUGCUAAAGAAAUUUGCUAUGCUUUGCGUACUGAAGGCUAUUGGGCUGAUUUUAUUGAUCCAUCAUCUGGAUUGGCAUUUUUUGGACCAUAUACAAGCAACACUCUUUUUGAAACAGAUGAGCGUUAUCGACAAUUGGGAUUUUCUGUUGAUGAUCUUGGCUGCUGCAAAGUGAUUCGCCAUAGUCUUUGGGGUACCCAUGUGGUUGUUGGAAGUAUCUUCACAAAUGCCACAACUGAUAGUUGCAUUAUGAAGAAAUUAAGUGGAAACUAGGUGGCAACUGCAUUAUUUGUACUUGACACUUUAUCUAUAAACUCUGUCCAAAAGUCUUCAGUUUUUUAAAAUACUCAUUUUUAGGUUAAAGAAAAAAAUAUUUAUUUCAACAUCUGUAAACAUAAGAAUUUAUGUGAUUUAUGAGAUUUUCAAAAAAUGUCAAAUGUUCACUCCUCGUAUUGUUGUUUAAUUCUUGUUAACUCACCUUCAUUGUAUAAAAACAAUGAUUCAUAUGGAGCCAAGAUUUUCUCAUAUUACAUAUUUAUGGAAAGAGAGUUUUAGCUAUAUCUUCCUUACAUUUGAAAUUUUCAGUUUUACUUGCAUCUUUCCAAAAAUAAAUCACAGGUUAAGAAGAUAAAGAUUAUGUUUCUUUUCCCAUUGUGGUACAUUUCAAAUUCAUUCCUAAAAGAUUUUAAAUUCAAACUCCUAUAAAUCUUAAUCAAGUAUUACAAUUUUGGUAAACUAUAGUUGCAAUAUUUACAUUCAGGUUAAGAAUCUUUCUCCAUGUUUAUUGGAAAAGCAAGACUUCCUACUUUAAAAAAAAAAUUGGUCUUCCUCAAAUUUAAAGCUUUUAAGAUUUUAAUAUUUUCAUCUUUUUCACUCUAUAGAGAUUUAUUUUGUGUCAAGAUGCAUACAUCAACAUGAUUAUAUAACUUAAGAUGUUUUAGGCCUUGGAUUUAAAUAUGUCAGAAUGUAGACACAUGGUAUUACAGACAAUUUUUGUUUCCUUUGCCAAAUCUAAUUUUGUGAUCCAGUGAUAAAACAGAAUACCUCAGUCAAUGACAGAACUUAUUUUUUGACAACAUAAACUUGAAAAAACUAAUCUUGUAUCACUGGUCUUAUGCCAAUAGCUACCAUGAAAAUAAUAAGAAUAUGUAACAUACCAGAAAGUAUUCAUUGCCUCAUUCUUUCUAUGAGUUUAAAAAAUGGGGAUAUUAAACACCUAUUUAAUGACCCAUAGAAAUGAAAAAGUCUAGUAGUAUAAUCUUUCUUGAUUAAUAUUUAGCUUGGGUAACAGGUGAUAUUUAUGUUUAUAAAGAAAGUUUUCUUACCACUUGCUGUAAAGAAAAGCAAUGAUUCUCUUUUUUUUCCAGUACUGAACAUUACAGUCAACAUUUUUUUAAAUCUGCCGAAUGAGAGAUUGGAAAAGAUAAUCCCUAAGUUCCCUCUGUCUCUAAACAUUUUAUAAUUCUAGAUGUGAAACCAUCUCAAUAGAACUCCUAAUGAAUUCCUAAGGAUCCAUGCUAUGAAAUGACCUCAUAAUAUGGUUUUUUUGUCAGUAGUUAUUUACAUUCCCAGUGUUUGUAAGUAUUUCCUGCUACUUCAUAUUUUACCUAUCUUUUAAUGCAUUGGUACUCCUCAAAAUAUUAUUUCUUCACUCUUUACUAGUUUGAUCUGCCUUAUAUUCAUCAGCUGAAGCUCUUGAUUUAUCCUUUCAUAUAUUCAUGCUGUCAGCUGAGUACUAUUUAUCAAAAAAGAAAACACCCCAUUCUGGAGAAAGAGGUUUACUGCUGUCUAUGUGCUAGAUAAAAAAAAGCAUUGAAAAAUACUUGUUUUCUCUCUUUGUUGAUGAUGCAAUUACCAGCAAUGUGGCAAAAAGCAAGGACUUCUUAUACAGUUGUAUGCUGUAAGAAAUAGUGUUUUGACAAAGUUGAUGUUUAAUAUAGUCAACAUGGAGAGAAACUUGUCUCCAGUGAGUUCUAUGAACACUUACCCUUCCACAAGGAAAAAGUGACAGUUACUGUCUAAUAAAUGCCUAUAAAACCAACUCAAUUCUUAUUUUUUAUCACAUUCCCUUGACCGUUACCCUAUAAUUAAGGCUAAGAAAUAUACUUGCAAAAUUAGUGAAUAUCCAAAUCAACUACUGUUUUAAAAUAGUGUUUUUUGGUUUAAAUUGGAGUUGAUUCAGUGACACUGACAAAUUCAACUUCAUUUAUCUUGAAAAUAUUUUAUCUCUUUUUUCAUUUUUUUUAUUUGUACCUACUUUGGCAGCUUAAGUUGUACAGUCAUCAUUUUAAUACUUUGCACAAGCUGUAUGACAAUUUCUGUAUUAUGCCAAUAAUGUAACCAUACCUUGCCAUGUCAACAUCCAGAAGGUCCAAAUUCGUAUUUUAAAUGUUUCAUUUCUGCUUUUAUCAUAUAAUAUACAGUGCCUUGACUAAUAAAUAGGAUAAUCACUGUGGAGGGGCUUAUAGAUAGAAAUAAAAAUCUUAUUUCUACAUUUUUA